GCAGCAAUAAUACAUCUUUUCUUUUUUUCAUUUAAUUAGAAUGUUUAAUAUUGUUUCCAUUCUUUUUCGAGAAUCGUUUAUAGCGUUCCUAUCUUUAUGAGAAAGAAUGCCUCAAGUUCUACAGUAAUUCUCCUUUCUUGUAUGCUUCUAAAAAUUCAAAGUUUUCUCAUUCAAUCACUUUCCAUGAGUCAACAUACGAGUUAACAAUUGAAUCACGUUUUUGGUUUUUGGUUUUAUGGAUUUUAUCUCCACGGCUUCAUUUUUAUAAUCUCAAGUUCUCGAGACUACUUGCAAGGAGAGACAUAAAUGAGCGAUGAUACAUGGGAAGGAAGCACUUUAACAGUCGAUCUAUAAACAUCACGGAGUGAACACAACUUCGUAAUAGAGACGACAAAUCAUGGGGUUACUUAAGAGUUUGAUCGCUCUUUUGGCUAUCGAGAUACUAUUUUUAAAAGUAAACGCAACUCCACUUGUUGGCCACCCGUCAUCGUCCCAGCUGGAACUAAAGAAAGAUGACGCUGUAGAAACAUUCAAUAAUUCAAGGUACAAUGAAAGGUCCAGUCGAAACGUAUCACAAUUAGUUCCUUAUACGGAAACAUAUAGACAUAAACCAGAACAUGCUAGGCCUGGGGAACCCUAUCAAAUCAAGACUCAAUUGAAUUAUAAGAAAGAGUUUCAAACGGAGUUGACAUGCUGCGAAGGCUACGUGCAAUCCGGUGCAAUGUGCGUACCGCGUUGCCCGCAAUCGUGCCAAAAUGGUACUUGCAAGAAGCCGAACGUGUGCACCUGCAACACAGGAUACCGCAUGUCAAGCAACGGCUCGUGCGUAUCGCAGUGCAAAAACGUUUGUGUCAACGGUACUUGUGGCGAUCCUGGGAUUUGCAACUGCAACAAGGGAUAUCUGUUGGACUCGGACGAAUUCACCUGCCGACCUAUCUGCCCCGCGCAAUGCGAGGAAACUCACGGAUACUGCACCGAACCAAACGUGUGCACGUGUCCUUCCGGUUACAGGCAACACAGGAGAUUCAAAUACGUCUUUAAGUUCAUGUGCGAACCCGUUUGCGAUCCUGAGUGCCAGAACGGUCUUUGUGUGGCCCCUAACGUCUGCAUGUGCGCGGACGGCUACGAGAAGAACGAGAACGAUUCAUUCAUCUGCAGGCCUAAGUGCGAUUCGUGCGCUUUCGGGAUGUGCCUAAGCCCGGGGUUAUGCAGAUGCAAACCCGGUUACUCAUCCACACAGCACAAAACUCAAUAUAUACCUUUCAGAGACCUUCGCAAAUUGUAACAAAUAAGAUCUCACGAAUGUCUCAUAUAUGCUUAGAUACGUGAAAAUGUCCGCUAUUUUGUCACAAAGACCUUUAUGAAAGGUUGCCCAGACAUCUCCUAGAGAGUUACUAUACCAUCUCUGAGAUGUUUUACAAAACAUUUUAAGUACGUUGCAUAGAGAUAUCUGGCAAUUAUUACAUACGCUCAUAUAGUAGGAUAAUUAAAACCGUUAGGUAAAUGAGAGGACAAACUAUGUUAAACCACAAAAUAAAUUGUAUUUGAUCGCAUAAACAUUUUGUUCUUGCAUUUACUUACAAUUUCAUUUAUUCCAUAUUUGAGCUUUAAUUAUCUCUUUAAAGUUCUCCCAUUUCUCUAAAAAAAACCCUACAUAAAGUUAUAUUAACUUUUAAUUUUAUUAGAUUUUACUUUAUGUAUAUUUUUGAUUGAUAUUUAGUCCCGAAUUGAAAUUCGGGAGAUUUUAACAAAAACGUAACUAAAAGAUAGUUACGACAUCGUAUUUUGAACUGUAUGCAUAAAGCGUGAUAACAAAUUAUUUAACGUGAAUGGAUAAGACAAACGCUCGCAGCUUGCGCGAUAUCAAAUCGCUUUUAAGACGCUUAAAUAAAAAGUAUAUAAUUAAUAUUUUAUUGUAUUCUAAGCGACAACGAGAUAACUAUCUUGAAAUAUUUGUUGCAGCAGGUACAUCAACAAACAUUUUUGUGCGAAUCUCCCGCUACCGAGAUUUUGUUGCCUGACAUCUAAUUUUAAGGAAGACAUUAAUAUAAAGACAGUAGAAAAAUAGAUUGCAGUAAUUGUGAUAAUGAUAAUAAAUAGCACAGUUGUAAUAGUAAUGAUACAUUAGAUUAUAUUUUAUUGUUCCAUGACGACAUUUCGUAAGACAAAGAUAAGUAAUUCAUUCAACCAAUAUUCGCGCUGUUAGUAAUAAUAUUUUCAUUUAAGUUGAAUCAAGUUUGUUAUUCCUUUGAGCAUAUGUAUCAAGAUGUUUUGAUAAUAGUAAUAGAAAUAUUAUAUAAAAUUG